AUGUCUCCGACACCCGCUAUGAUCAAAGCUCCAAUCCUUCGUCCCAGGAUCUCCGAAGUAGCGGCGGAGAUUGCUAAAAACGCCAAAAUCCUCGAGGAUUAUAUUAUGUCCCAGGGCCUCCCAUACCCAUCAUUCGCUGCAGAUGGCCCAUCAGUAUUCCCUCUGCCGCCACCAUCAACCCCGGAGAAUGAGAAGCUACACGGUGCAAGAUACCAGCUCCUAUCCACUGCUAAGUUAAUGUACGACCUAAUUGCAGGCCCGUCUGAACUAAAUCAAUGGAAUGCUCUGAAUUUUAAUGAUACUGCCUGUCUUCAGGUCAUCUAUAACUUCAAGAUUGCCCAGUUUGUCCCAGAAACUGGCGAUAUUUCGUUCAAAGACCUGGGCAGCAAAAUCAAUAUCCCGGCCACCAAACUCGGCCAGGUUCUCCGCUAUGCAAUGACAAAUCAUAUUUUCUACGAGCCCCGUGAUGGAUAUGUAGCUCACACUGCUUCAUCCUUGCUCCUCCGCGAUGAAAAUUUGCCGGCGAGUGCAUGGGUCGGUAUCUGCGUUGACGAGUUCUUCCAUGCCUCAACGAAUGUCACCAAGGCCCUUAAAACUUUUCCGCAUCAUGAAGAUAUUGAUAAAUCGGCGUUUUCAAUAUCUCCAAUGUUUAACGGCAAGGGAUACUUUGAAUAUCUGUCAACAGAUCCCGAAUUAUCAAGGCGAUUCGGUUUAUCUAUGUCCCAAUGGAGCUCGGGAAUUGGUUUUAAGGCUGAUUCUUUGAUAAAAGGGUACAAUUGGGGCAAAUUACCCAAAGGUGCUACUAUCGUUGAUGUUGGCGGUGCUACCGGCUUCGUUUGUGUCGAAGUUGCAAAGGCUUAUCCUCAUCUUAAAUUUCACAUUCAGGAUCUCUCAGCCCCUUCUCUAGAAAUAGGUCAAAGGAAUCUAGCUCGGGAUAAUCCUGAACUUGUCGGAAACUUUGAAUAUCAAGAACAUGAUUUCUUCACUCAACAGCCGGUUAACGGGGCGGAAGUCUACUUUUUCCGGUUCAUCUUGCAUGACUGGCCGGAUAAAUAUGUCCUUCAGAUCUUGGAAAAUAUAGUACCGGCUUUGAAAAAUGGAAGCAAGAUCGUGGUCAGCGAUUUCAUACUACCACCGCCCAACUCUUUGCACCCCUGGGAAGAGCGGAGAGCUAGGGCAACCGACUUUGUCAUGUUCCAGUUGUUUAACUCAUGCGAACGACGGGAGGCGGACUGGAGAAGGAUAUUCGCUGAAGUGGAUCCGAAGCUUAGACUUGACGGCUUUCAAAAGAUGGAUGGUUCUAUAUUGGGAAUCAUCGAGUGCACCUAUGUUGACGAGUAG